CGCCCCGGACGGCUCGCUGUUGUACCGCCUGCCGCGGGGGCCGGGCGGGCUGCAAUAAACGGUUGAACGGGGUUCGGCUCCGCCCGCUCCUUGCGUUUGCGUAUUUCCCGGCGUGCCGGUUGUGGCCACACAGCGGCCAUGGGCUCGGAGGCGGCGCUGUUGCUGGAGGCGGCGGAUUUCGCGGCCGAGAAACACAGGGAGCAGCGGCGGAAGGACCCCGAGGGCACCCCCUACAUCAACCACCCCAUCGGCGUAGCGCGGAUCCUGUCGCACGAGGCGGGCGUCACGGACAUCGUGGUGCUGCAGGCCGCGCUGCUGCACGACACGGUGGAGGACACGGACACGACGCUGCCCGAGAUCGAGGCGCGCUUCGGGCCCGAGGUGCGGCGCGUGGUGGAGGAGCUGACGGACGACAAAGCGCUGCCGAAGGCGGAGCGGAAGCGGCUGCAGGUGGAGCGCGCGGCCGGGAGCAGCCCCCGCGCCAAGCUGGUGAAACUGGCGGACAAACUGCACAACCUGCGCGACAUGCGCCGCUGCGCGCCCAGAGGGUGGUCGGAGGAGCGCGUUCAGGAGUACUUCCGGUGGGCAGCGGAGGUAGUGGGCGGCCUGCGCGGGACGAGCCCGCCGCUGGAGGCGGCGCUGCAGCGGCUGCUGGAGGAGCGCGGCGUGGCGCUGGGGCCGGGGCCGGGGCAGGGGCAAUAAACGCGGCGGGCGCCGCCUCACGUGUUC